AUGUCGCCCGUUAUUAGUGUCCUUCAAGACAUUUAUGACGUACUCAUCAUCGGCGGAGGUCCUGCUGGCCUCUCAGCUGCAACAUCACUCGCAAGAGCUUGUCGACGCGUCGCAGUUUUCGACUCACACGAAUACCGCAAUAUUUCAAGUGAGGAGAUUCACAAUGUUGUCGGUCACGACGGACAAGACCCUGAGAGAUUCAGAGCCCUGGCAAGACGGGAGCUCAGUUUAUUCGAAACCGUCACGUUCUUCGAAACAACCAUCGUCCACGCGUGGACUGUUCAUACCGGACACGCCCAACACGAUUUCAUGGUUCAUGAUGAUGACGGAAUUCCCUACAGAGGGAAGAAGUUGAUCCUUGCUAGCGGGUCAGUGGAUAUUCUCCCCGAUAUCCCCGGCUUUGAGGAUCUCUGGGGAGAUACCAUCAUUCACGGACUCUUCAGCAACGGCUUUGAAAAGCGAGAUAAGCCAGCAGGUAUCCUGGGCCUGUCCUCUCUCGACGACAUUGUGCCCACGCUCAUGGCCUACGUCGUCUCGCACAAUAAGCUGACAAUCUACACCAACGGCGAAGAUCCUGCCGAGUACCGAUUCCAGUGUAACCUCAACAUGGCCCUGUCGCGCGGCUGCAGAAUCGAUUCUCGCAAAAUCCACCAUUUUGAGCGCAAGGAUGACUCUAUUGUGAUCCAGUUCCGUCACGGUGUCAGCUAUCUGGGGUUUCUGUUGUACACGCCUCCUACGCGGAAUCGGGCGCAGAAUCUCAUCUCGGAGCUCGGGAUUGAGACUAUGCCAAAGGACGGAUAUGUGAUGACCACUCGUGCGCAUGGAGAGACGAAUGUUCGAGGCUGCUUUGUGGCUGGGGAUACUUCGACGAUGCACAAGACAAUUGCUGUUGCUUUGAGCUCUGGCAUGAUUGCUGGUGUUGGAGCAGCGAGACAACUGGCCAUUGACGAAGGAGUUGCGGCAAAGAAGUCGGGCUCCGCGCUGGGGAUUUUUGCAGAUGAAGACGACGACUGA